AUGUAUGAAGAUAAAGACAGGCCUGAUGUGUACAGCCAUGUGCUGAUGGCCGAGCUGUGUGCCUUGUCAUUGGGUAACUCCACUGGCCACACCAACCAAGACACCUUGUCCAAUCAGGUGCAGUCUCAUCUGGAGUCCAUUAACCAAUUAGCACAAAGCACCUCUGACAGCCUCCUGCUGUGUCAGAGCCUGUACCUGAGUCUGCUUCUGCCCCCCACACACACACACAGCCAUGGCGAAAGCCCGUCUGACGCGGUCCUGUUGGCCAGGCACUGGGCUGGGCAGGAUCCCGCUGAGGAGGGCUUUCUCCUGGUGAACUUCCUCAGCAUUUUUCUGACGUCGCUCCGCUCGACCGCCCUGAAGGCCUCCGUUCCCAUCACCACCACCACCACCCGCAUGGAGCUGCGCUGCCUGGAGCUGCUGCUGGACACCCUGGAGGAGGCGCAAGCGAGGCCCAGCAAGGCUCUCAUCAGGCUGGCCGAGAGCAGACGCUGGACCCCUGUGGAGGCAAUGGGACUGCUGAGGGCUCUGGUGGACACUUACACAGAGGAUGAUGCUGCGAUCACGGAGGUACUCACCUUGGUGCGAGUAUACGACGUACCUCCACUGUGGACAGACGAGUCGGCGCAUCCGCUGGCAGAGUCCUUGUGCAACCUGGGUGCCAACAGCUUCCUGCCAGCGUUCCAGGCGACUCUGAAGAGGAGAGACGAGCGCAGUCUGGAGUCUGUCCUGCACAAGUGGAAAGCCUCCGCCUCAGCCUUAGGAGCAGGGUUAGAUGACUCCACCGUGUAUAUGGUGAAAAGCGCCGUUACAUCUGUGCUGCAGGGAUGCAAGAAUGUCCAGAAAGAAGCAGCUGCGUUCACAAGAAACACCUUUCGCGUCGGGAGUCUGGGAGCGGAGGACCUGCAGAGGUGCCUGUCUGAGCUGUGCAAGGCGGUGCACGUCACCAAGGGGUGGUAUCCCACGGCGACACAGAUGGUCAGCUGGUGCUCAGCCAUGCUAGAGCAGCAGAAGAAGGGUGUCCUGGAGACGGUCAUCAUGGACGAGGACCCCUGCGUGGUUGCCAUGGUCGCGGUCACUCUUGCCUGCAUGGGACACAAAGUGAAUGUGGUGACAAGCUCUCGGUCGCGUCAGGAGUGGGCUGCCCUGUACAAGCACGUCGGAGUCAGCCUUAGCACUGACCAGAGGCAGUCCUACGAGGCAGAUGUGGUCUAUGGAAGCCUGGAGGACUUUAUGGCCGAUUACUUCUUACUAGGAACAGAUGGAGAUACCAGAUCACUUCGCCGAGCAUUCAUUGUGGAAGAGCGAAGUGUGAGCAGUGUGUCUCAAAGCACAGAGCCGUCCAGGGUUGAGGUGAACACCACUUUGAAGUUUGCCAUAGAGCACCUGCAAUCCCUCAUGACAAGUUUUCAGGGCAUGAAACUGAGGCACAAGUUCUUCAAGAUGUUCUGCCAGAUGCUGGUGAGAAAUCUGGAAACCGGCACGGACACCGCCAUCUUAACCGUCCUGAAGAAGCUCAGUGGUAAAAGCUUGCCUCCCACAGAGGCCAGGAUUCUCACCUUCUUUGAGAACCUGAUGCUGAAAGUCUUCACUGGAGAGGAAAAAGGUGACAGUUGUGGGACAUCUAUGGUGGGGGAGGCAUAUUUAGAAAUUAUGUUCAGAUGCGCGAUGCAGUUCCAGGCUUCAGAAGAUCAACCCAAAGACGUCUUCCAGAGUGCUUUAACUCUCGUCUCUGCAAAAUGUGUUUCACCAAUCGAAGCCUUAGACCUCCUCUCAACGUUGACUGACAAGUGUCAGGGUGUUGCUAUCAUGAAGGUGUUGCAUCUGAUGGAGACGUACCAGAUUUCUUCUGACUGGAGGGAUGGGAACGGCCAGUCCCUCCUUGUCCUCCUGAAGACCUUAGACACAGAGAGUCAUUUCAUACAACAUUUGGAAUCAAGCUUCAAAGAGGAGAAGAUAAAAAGCCUUUAUCACCUUUCCACUGAAAUUUGCCAUAUGAGAAAUAUUGACAAGCAGACACUGGAGAGCGCGUGCGAAGUUGUGCGUACGGUCAGAGCCCUUAUCGACUCAGGCGAUAUCACCAAGCACACAGAUGUCCAGCUCGCCCAUGACCUGAGCAAGGGCACGAGUACUGGGGACCUUGUUGAGGUGCUAGCUGUCCUGUGCAACGCCAUCCACAAGGAUGUAUUCCAGAACAAGUGGUGGCCCAAGGACACACAAAUGCUCAGCUGGUGCAUGUUGGCCCUGGCGGACAAUGGGAAGCUGCUGGAGAUGCCCACGGGGGAGGGGAAAUCGGUCGUCAUCGCGAUGUUCGCAGCCCUGCGCGCCCUCAGGGGGGAGCGCGUGGACGUGUUGUCCAGCUCGUCAGUGCUGUGCCAGAGAGACGCGCAGGAUUUUGCUGAAUUCUACAAGAGCCUCGGCCUCACGGUGGACAAAAACACCAACAAGGAGAAGGACGAGGAUCGCAAGCAAUGCUACCAGAAGAACGUGGUCUACGGAACCAUCGGGACCUUCGCGGCAGACCACCUUCGCCAGACGUUCGAGAUGAAAGACGUGCGGUCCGAUCGCGGCUACCAGUGUGUCAUCGUGGACGAGGUGGACUCUCUGCUACUGGACGAGGGCGUGCAGAUGACCUACCUGUCCAGCCCCGUGGUCUCCAUGCAGCACCUCAACACCCUGCUGGCCAUGAUCUGGACCCACGUCAGCCAGUACGGAUACCUGGCCACGGAAAACCAGACCUUCGUGCAGGGGCCUCCAGCCUCCUUCUUCAAAGCCAUAUUUGACGCUAUCGACACAGAUAAUGAAGAAAUCGAAGAUGCAAUGGACGUUCUGGGCAUCGCUGAGUCUUGUGGCAUUGUGCCGCAGGGCUUCACAGAGGACAUUUACAAAAGUGACAAGGAUGAGAUCCUGCAGAAGGUGCGGACAGUGAGUCAGGAGAAAGUCCUGGAGUUUUUCCAGUGUAUGGAGCAGUAUGUGCCGUAUGACUUCGUCCUCUACACGCUGGGUGAGGACGGCAUGUUGUCACUCAGAGUCCCUCGCUCCUAUAACGACCCCAACAUUCUGGAACUCUCCUUCCUGGUCCUGGAGGACGGAUUCUGCUGCCCGCUUUACGAAUCCAGUGACGCCCUUGUAGGGCCCAUCGCACAGCUGAUCAGUGAGAAGAUCCAGUACGAGGCGCGUGAGAACUCGAAGGACAAGGUGAGCGUGCCGGGCUUCCUGCGCCCCCUGGUGAAAGCGAAAGUGUCUGCGUGGGUGCAGAACGCCUUCCUGGCCCUGACCCUGCAGCAGGGAAGAGAGUACGUGCUGGAGGACGGAGCUGUCUGUCCUGUUGACUACAGAUCGACUGGCAUUAUCGAGAGCAACAAGCGUUGGGGUGACGGCCUUCAGCAGUUCCUGGAGAUGAAACACCAGGUUAAGCUCAGCACCAUCUCCACGGUAACCAACUACCUCUCAAACGUGGCCUUCUUCGAGAAGUACAAGGGCAAGCUCUACGGCACCACGGGCACGCUGGGCACCGAGUCCGACCUGCUGUGGCUGCACGACCUCUACCCGACCUUGACCGCCUGCCGCAUGCCGACCUUCAGCCGCCGCAAGCUGUUCGAGGUGGAUGGCGUUGUCACGGCGAGUGCUGCGGAGUGGAGGGCCGGGAUCAAACGUGUCGUAUUGGAGCAGAUCUCCCCAAACAACUACAGGGGUGGAAGAGCAGCUUUGGUCAUCUGCGAGUCGAUCAACUCUGCCGAGGAGAUCCAGAAGGAGCUGAGUGGUGUCGUCCCCGGCCAGAUCAUCCUCUACGUCCGCAGUGACAAGGACAGCCUGAGCAACAUCAGCCGGGAGCUGCAGCCUGGUGACGUUAUCGUGGCCACUAACCUCGCUGGCCGCGGAACCAACAUCAAGGUGUCAGAUGUUGUGAACGAUAGUGGAGGUCUGUUCGUGGUGCUCACCUUCCUCCCUGAGAACAACAGGGUUGAGCUGCAGGCCUUCGGACGCACGGCCCGCAAAGGUAAGCCCGGGUCAGCCCAGAUGGUGCUGAACAGGGCCCAGCUGGCAGGGGGCUACGGCUCGGAGAUGACCAUGAGGGACGUCAAGGCUACGAGGCGCCGCCUGGCAGAGGAGCGACUCACUGACAUGAGAUAUGAUGUGAAGGAGAUGCGUCUGCGUGAGGUCCUGUUUGCUCAGUACUGCAACACCCUUCACUCCAUCUACAGGGACCAUAGCAGGAGCCAGGAACAAUUCCCCUCCUGGGGCUUAGUGGUCCCCCAGGGACAUAUGAUUAAGCCCCAGUCUAAAUCCACCCAUGAGAAGGAUGCCGUGGUGGCUGUCCUGAACGAGAACUGGGGCAUUUGGCUACAGGCGAAUUCGUCAGAUAUCGACCAGCUGAGAGCAGAAAAGCUGGAAGCAAAUCUCAGAGAUGACCUGGACAAGGCUGGAGAAGACGACCUCAGCCAGACACCUUCCUGCGCCAGCAUAUACCACUACAUCCACUUCGGUAACCUGGCCAUGGCGGACAAGAAGUGGGAUGUGAGCAUGCGUCUGUUUGAUAAAGCCAUGAAGAAAGACGCAGACUGGGCCGCGGUGGCCUUCUAUAAUCACGCCUACUGCACCAUCCAGAAGAAGCCGAGCGAUUACAUGGACACGGCCCUGAAGGAUCUGAAGAAGGCCCAGGCCUCUCUAGCCUACCUCAGCGAGGACACCUUAGUCUGCCUACAGUUCAUCAGGAUGGCCGCCGUCACCUCUUCCUCGUCCUGCAGUGAUCUCGAGAAACAGCUCAUGAACAGGUGCGGCGUAUUCAGUUGCUUUGAGAAGAACAUCACGGACGCAAUGGCGAAGAUUAAGGAGAUAAAGGAUGCAGGUCGCGAAGCUGAGGCAAACGAGACCCCGAUGCUCUCUCUGGUCAACAGCACCAAUGAGGACAAGAAAGAGGAGGCCUGGAGCCUGUACAGCCGUGGCCUGAAGUACGUCUUCAGCGUGGAGGAGAAGUCCACAUCUUUCUGGGAAGCCUUAGGGGUCUUCGUCCUUGGAUUAGCGCAAGUUUUAAUUGGUGUGGGGCUCUGCUUCAUCGGUUGGAAAAAGGUGGGUGGUUUCCUGAUUGACUCGGGUCUGUCGGACAUGUACAGUGGUGUGAAGGGAAUGGUGACAGGUGAGUUCAGCUGGAAGGACUGGGCCAUAGAUAAGGUCUUCGGAAUCGGAAUGUCCUUCACCAGCUUCCUCAUUGGCAAGCUGAUUGAUCGGAGGAAUCGAGUGGCAAACAGAGAGCAACACAGUGUUGAUCAAGGAGAGCCGACCGUCAUAGGUGUGCAGGCCUUCAAGGAGCCUGUGAAUCGCCGGAAGAAAAUUCCCAAGGCCCUAUCCACGACCAUGAAAAAAGAACUCAGUGAUGAAUUAAAAAACAACCUCAAGAACGACAUGAAACAGGCCUUGGAGAAGGUUCUGAAGGAUGUUGCCAUUGGACAGGGGGAGCAGGAGGCGAUUAACAAGAUUGUGGAGGAAAUCAGGAAAGAGGUCAAGCAGGCGGUCAUCAACGGCGUGAAGAGCAGGCUGGCGGGAGAUCCUCUGUCCUCCUUGGUGGACGAUGUGAUCCUGUCACACCUGGUCGACAAGUCUGACCUGUCCCAGCUGCUGCAGGACGGGAAAAGGAAGGGGAAGAUGGUGGACAUUUGCAUGAGCUUCGGCAAAAGUGCCCUACAGCCUUUCUCUAAAGACCUCAGCUGGAAGAAUAAGCUCAACUCCUCCAUCACCGCCGUGCUUGAGGACGAGCAAGGCAAUUCGAGCGGGUUGAAGAAAAUCCAGGCUGCUCACAUGAGCAUUCUGUGCAAAGAAGCCAUCACCACUGCAGAAGGACUCUCAGAAAAGUUCUUUGCCAACUUCACCAAAGAGCUGGACGAGUUUAAGAGAGAGAAGUCGCAGGGGGUGAAGAGGGGCGAUCUGUCGAGCGACCAGGCAGCUCAGCUUAGCCAGAUGAAAGCAGUGGUGGCGGACGCCAUGAGUGAACUGCUAGCCGAUGCCCUGGUUGAUGUCUUCCACCAGAAGUUCUCAAGUCACAUGGUCAAAUAUGCCCAGGAUGAGGUCCACAGCCAUGUCAUGAAGGCAGCAGAGGCAGGCCUGAAGAGCGAGAGGACACAGAAGGCCCUCACAACUGGACAGAUGAAGUGCACUCAGGUGCUGCAGAAGGCAGUGGGCAAGCUCUCACACUCCCAUGCUGACAAGGUCCUGGACUCCAACAGCGAAGGCACUCUGAUGGACAUUAGGGUCCUGGCGGAGGCCACCAGCACCAGAGUGGUUGUCCUGACGGAGGGCGAAGGGGGCCGGCUGUCCAGACUCGGGUCGAUGAGUCCCAGCUCCGGAGCACCCAAUCAGACGCUGACGCUGAUCCAUCGGCCAGACAGCGGUCGCUAUGACGUUCGCAUCAACCAGAAUGCCGUCCGUGUCCACGGAGACUGUGACGGGGAGGCCACCCUUCACCUGGCGUUCGCGCGUGGCCUCAAACCCUCGGCAGGACCAGACGAGGUGCGUGUGACGGGAUGUUGGCAGGUGCGUGUGGAGGCGGAGCGUCUACGUCAGUUGGAGGCUGAUGCUUUGAGAGGCGGGGCUAACCGCUGGGAGCCGCUGCUGCGCCGGCAGGAGCUGAUCUUGGCCACCAGAGGGCAUCAUGAGUCCACUGCAGGGAGUGUCAUGAGGAGUUGGUCUUGGCCUCUAGCCACAGCAGUGGCCCUAACACAGGGCAGCAGCAAGCCCUUGCAGUGCCAUGCCUGGAUGACAAAGUGA